GCAACAUGUGAAGAAACAGUUUUAUUUUGACAUUUAAAUCCACACAGCGAUAAAUGCGAAGUUUGCGACCUUCAAUAUAACCAUCCCUCCACCCUUUUUAAAACUCUGAGAGCACACUGGAGACUGGUAGUUCUACUUCUACUGGUAGCUCGAACGCUCACUGUUCGGUUGUCAAACUAGCGUGUAGCCAACUCGCAGCAUGGAGAACACGGAGGGAAAUGCCAUCGAGCUCCACGGAGACGAGGAAAUUAUUGAAGUCAUUGACCUAAAUGAGAUGGAGCCUGAUCCUGAUGAUUUGGCCGAUGACCUGGAGGACGUCGACUUCGAAGAUCCUGGAAACGCAGAUGAUGAAGGUUGGGAGACAGAAGACGAGAUGGAAGCAGAGGCUGAGCAGGAUGACAGCGAGUUCACCUUUUCCAAACACACAGGCUCGGUGUUCUGUGUGAGUUUGGAUCCAAAGACAAACAGCUUGGCUGUGACGGGAGGAGAAGAUGAUAAAGCCUAUGUUUGGAGAGUGAUCGAUGGAGAGGUCCUGCUGGAGUGCACAGGUCACAAAGACUCUGUGACGUGCGCCGUGUUCAGCCACGACUCCUCUCUGGUGGCUUCCGGUGACAUGAGCGGCUUGAUUAAAGUCUGGAAACUGGAAACCAAAGAGGAGAUCUGCUCCUUCGAAGUGGGAGAUCUGGAGUGGUUGGAGUGGCAUCCCUGCGCUCCGGUGCUGCUGGCAGGAACGGACGAUGGCAACGUGUGGAUGUGGAAGAUUCCGUCAGGCGACUGUAAAACCUUCCAGAGUCCUGCGUCUCAGGCCACUAGCGGCAGAGUCCUACCCGAUGGUAAACGAGCUGUGGUGGGUUAUGAGGAUGGAACGGUUCGUGUGUGGGAUUUAAAGCAAGGCAACGCCGUGCACGUCAUUAAAGGUCAGGAUGGACAUCAGGGAGCACUGACCUGCCUGGCGUUCAACAAGGACGGCUCUUUGGUGCUGACAGGUUCAGUGGACGGCCGUGCCAAGCUCGUCAAUACCACCACUGGCAAGGUGGUUGGUGCGCUCUCUGUGGAAGGAGGUAAAGCAAAAGGAUCAAAAGACGAGGGAGAGACCAACUCAGUUGAGUCUGUGGGAUUCUGCAACAUUCUGCCUCUCGCAGCUGUGGCGUACCUCGACGGGACUCUGGCCAUAUACGACCUUUCCACGCAGGCUCUGAGGCACCGGUGCCAGCACGAGGCCGGCAUCGUCCACCUACAGUGGGAGGAGUCUUCCUCUAUGGUGUCCACCUGCAGUUUGGACGGAGCUCUGCGUGUAUGGGACGCCCGUUCCGGCAACAUGGUGUCGGAGUACCACGGCCACACUGCGGAGAUCCUCGACUUUGCCAUCAACAGGGAAGGAUCUCUGGCUGUAACAGCCUCAGGAGACAACCAGGCCAAAGUCUUCUGCCUCCAAAGACCUGACCGGUAAAAAAAAAAAAAAAAGACAGCAGGAAGACGGAAAUAUUUUACAAGAAAUAUCAGAAAAACAUUGGAUUAUUCAGACUGAACAUGUCCCACUUCUCCUCAGGAUGUGAUCUGACCUGUUGUAGUAGGAUUGUAGCGUCCAAAACGUGAUUUUUCUCCUGUCAUCACUACUUCAGUGGAGUUCCUGGCCUGGUUUAAGUGACAGAAAGUAGACACAGAAGCUUUUGAGUCAUUAAAUCUGUAGACUAAGUUGAGUGGAAUUCAAUGAUCCAUCAUAGUGUCCUCCAAAAGAAUCCUUUGAUCCUGAUGAUUCAUUUACCCCAAUUUUGUGUGUGUGGUUAUGGACUGGAAUCAUCUCCCCAAAUUCCCAUGUAAACUAAAAUACUAAAAUAUAAAUAUACCUCUUCAUUUUC